CAAUCCACAAAAGAUCCAGUAAGCUUCCGGGCGACCCCAAGGCAAGACAGAUGACAUCAAGCUACAAGAUAUCAAGAUCUCGAUUGUGGUCCUUUCCUGUUGGUAUCUUUGAAGGCACAAUGCCGGUAUAGGUAGAGCACAGAGGAAUCAGUGCAAAGGAGCCAAGGAAUACGAAGAGGAUCUCGCCAAGUAACAUCUGUGGUACCGGCAGCAGCUAUCUACGGUAUCCACAAAAGCCAUUUCAAUUUGUUCUUUGGUUCUUUUUGUUCUUUCUUAGCAUAGCAUCAUCAACCAUGUCGGGAAUGCAAGAGAAAAUGUCGGUCAGCCCCAAGACGGGCAUAGUUCAUAUUCCUUCGGUGAAUAAGAGUGGACCAGGUCAUUCCAAGGGAUCCUUCUUCUACAGAGACAACGACCUCGAUGAUGGCAAAGGCAAGCACAUGCUCAUGGUGGCGGGCAAGGAGAACACGUGGUUUGAGUUUACGCUCAAGCAUGCCUUCUUGACCGGUAGUGCCGACUACAAGUUGCAGAUGCGCUUUCAGACCGAUCACGACAACACGCCGCUCCGCAUGGAAGUGAGACGAGGCAACAAGGACGCUCCUUCGUCGUGUACCAUUGAGAUUCCGUUGCCCAACACCAAAAAUGAGUGGAAGACUUUGGAUCCACCCAUCAAAGUGGGUGUUCCUCUGGGAGGACCUCCCGAUACGUUUCUCCACUUUUCUCAUGCCAAACCACAAGGCAAGGGAAUCUUGAUUCGAGACUUUAACUUGAUCCCACUUUCGGCGGAUGAGUCGGGAGAAUACUCCACAUCCUGGAUCAACAAAUGGAUGGAAGACCUACAGUCCAACGUCAAAAAGAGUAUGGUGCCCCCACUGGAUGCUACCGGAGAAAAGUCCUUUCGACAGCAUGCCAAACGAUCCUUGGAAGCACACAAAAAGGUCGAACAGACCAACGAGGAAGAAGCCAAAAAGAAGUGCCAAGACGAACUCUUUGGCACACACAAGGAAUGCUUGAAGGCUGCCUUGCCACUCUUUGAGGGAGCCAUUGACCCAAAACUGGCUUCUGUCGACUUUUCCAAAGACAACUUGAACAACAACAAGGCUGUCAAGGAACUCUUGCAGUGCAUUAUACUCACGCAUGGGACACCUCCCAAGUUGGCAGGCUACGCGGCCAAGGGCGACACGCAACGCAAACGGUUGCAAGAUUUCAUGAACAAUACCGAACUGAUGCAUCGUGUUCUCGUCCAUGGAGGGCCUCGAGGAGGCAACUAUGGCAGAUUUUUGGAAACCUAUGCGGAAAUUGAAGCCAAACGAAACAAGACCAAGUCGGUCUUUCCCAAGCUCAGCUUGGCUGUGGCGAUGGAGUUUGCCACACCAAUUCAAGCCUUUGAUCGAAAGAACGUGUUUAUCGAUCCCGUUCAACGAUAUCUCCAUUACGAAAAAGCCUACUUGGAUCGCGAGCUCGAGCCAAUGUUUGAAUCCUUUAGCAUUUGGGAGUUGCGAAUGGCCGUCAACAGCGACGCUCCCGAUGAGCAGCUCGCAUGGUGUAGGAGAACGAUACGCAACUACAAUCCAAACAUUGCGCUGAUGGAUGACAUGCAUUGGCGCUAUGCCUGGCUUGUGCGCACUGACUGCACCUACAAUGAGCCUGUUUGGACACGGUCGCCAAGAGACUAUAAACAGAUUGUUAGUGGAGGUGGUAUGUGUGGGCCACGAGCGUGGUUGGGUAGAUUUGCGUGCAAGGCGUUCGGUUGUCCUACCUGGGGUGUUCGCCAGCCUGGGCACGCGGCCGUGACUCGCUGGACGCCUGGUGGUUGGAUGACGGCGCUAGGUGGAGGAUUCAGAGUAUCAUGGUGGGAAGAUCGAGACGGCCUCGACUUUGAAUGCGAAACCAAGAUUCGUGCAGCCAUAGGAGAUGAUGCCUACUUUCAAAAGGUGGCUCUCAUAGAUUGGUUGGCGGCUAUCGUUGGAGAGGGACAAAAUGUCAGCUACAUCACAGAAAAGCUCUGGCCAGGCCUGGCGAUUGUGCAACGACAACGUCUCUCCCAAGUCCAAUCCAAACCGAGAAAGCUUGGCGAGCAGUGCGAAAUCUUGCCUUUGAUUACUGAAGUCAAGCAGAGGAAAGACAAACCCGAGGCCAUUACUGCAGGACCUGGUGGCAGCGUCAUUGUCCCGGCAGCCUGCCGCUCAGCAAAAGAGGGCACCGUCUCAUUUUGGAAGAGCUUCUCUGGCCCGGGUAUGCAAGCUUUCAUGAGCCGUCCGAAUUGGUCCGUGACGUAUAAGCUUUCCAAGGACAAGGUCCCUGAGAAAAAAGCCUACAAGAUGGUUGUUCAGUUCGUCUUUUUGCACGAGAACACGGACGAUCAUCCGCUGAAUAUCGUCAUCACGGACGGAAAUGGUGGAAACAAGCGUGAAUAUGUUAUCCCCUUGACCUACACAUGGGGGGAGUGGGCAGACACCAAGCCCCUUGAGAUCGUCUUGGGCGGAGCCGACGAAACUAUCAAGAUCGAGCGAAACCCUGUGAAAUUUCCGUUCGCUAUGAAGAAAUUCACUCUGACACCUUGUUAGGCUCCAGGUUCCAGUUAUCUGUGGGCUGUCAUCUGUACUAUCAAUGACGUUGUAGAAGCCCAUUGCGCACCGCAACAACCUACUAGUAGCUAGCCAGUCAUUCACAAUGACAUCAUAAAUGGCGUUCUAGAACCCUUUCGUAUCGUUCCU